AUGAAGUUCUUAGCAUUGAUAUCUGGAGGUAAGGAUUCCUUCCAUAAUAUCCAUCAUUGUCUUACCCAAGGGCAUGAGCUAGUUGCUUUGGGUAAUUUAUAUCCUGAAGAAGUAGACGAACUCGAUUCGUUUAUGUUCCAAACUGUGGGUCAUGACAUAAUCGAUUAUUAUUCCAAAUGUUUAGACAUUCCAUUAUACAGGCAACCUAUCAAGGGACACUCCAAGAAUCAAGAUUUGGAAUAUUCCAAAACUGAAAACGAUGAGAUUGAAGAUUUAGACAAGUUGAUUUCUACCAUCAUCAGUAAACAUCCUGAUAUCCAAGGAGUAAGUUGCGGUGCCAUUUUGUCUCAUUACCAAAGAACCAGAGUGGAAAAUAUUUGUGAUAGGUAUGGUUUAACGUCGUUGGCAUUUUUAUGGCAGAGAGACCAAAGGGAAUUAAUGACGGAAAUGUGUGCCAACGAACUUGAUGCUAGACUAAUCAAAGUUGCAGCCAUAGGAUUGGAAUCUAAACAUUUAGGUAAAUCUAUAACAGAGAUGUUACCAACAAUGAUUAAACUUAAUCAAAUGUAUGAAGUCCACAUCUGUGGAGAAGGUGGAGAAUUCGAAACCAUUGUGUUGGAUUCCAAAUUUUUCAAAAAAAGGUUGAAUAUCGUUGAACAACGAGUAAUUGAAUAUUCGGGUGAUGUUUCAUAUUUGAAAUUUAAAGUAGAAUUGGAAGAUAAAAAUAUGCAUUAUGAACCAGUAGAGAACUCUAGCAUUUUGGAAGAAGAAUUUGAAGAUAUUUUUGGAGAAUCUUUGGAUAGUAAUUUCCAAUAUAUCAACGAAGUUGAAAAUAUGGAGAUAUCAAUAAAACCAUUGAUUUCUAAGAUCAGUAACAACUUGUACAUUUCGAACUUGACUAGUGAUUCCUCCAAUAUCAAAGAUCAAUUAAUUGACAUCUUCAUGAAUUUGGAAGAAACCCUUAAUGACUAUAAUUUAACCUUCAAUGAUAUUCAACAUAUAACAUUGUUACUAAAUGACAUCAGCAAGUUUGCUGAAAUCAACCAAAUUUAUGAAUCUAACUUCAAAGGAUUUUUACCUCCUUCAAGAAUCACUAUCGAAACAAAUUUACCAAAAAACGUUCAAAUUCAAUUGUCUUGUAAAUGUAUCAUUAAGGAGACAACUGUCAAAAAAGGUAUUCACAUACGAUCAAGAUCUUAUUGGGCACCACAGAACAUUGGCCCUUACUCCCAAGCAAGGGUUGAAGAACAAGUCAAUGUGAACUUGGCAACAAUAUCGGGGCAAAUACCCUUAGUCCCUGCGACGAUGGAAUUCUUGGAAGACACAUCAGCGAAAGACAUCGUGCUUUCAUUGCAACAUUUCUACCGAAUUAAACAAUUGAUUAAUGUUCCUGAUAUAUCAUAUAUGAUUUAUUUCAUCACAGAUAACAUUUCUGUUCCUCAAGUAACCAAUAUUUGGGGUAAUUAUUGUAAAUUAAAAGAGAAUGAAGAUUGUUUGAAUAGGAUCGUUAUUGUUAGAGUGAACAAACUUCCAAAGAAUGCUCUCGUGGAAUGUGGAGGUGAAACUUACAGGAAGUUUGAAAACUACGAUGAUGACGAUGAUGAAGAAGUAGAAACCGAAGGUCUACUUUCUUUCCUUGAUAAAUUCAAUAACAAAACCAUUUAUGAUUUGAAGUAUUACAAACAAAUUUUGAUAUUUUCCAAUUCAUACGAAGAUGUCAAUGAACUCAUCCAAAGGAAAAAUAUUUAUGUGAAAAUAACCUGUAAUUAUGAAAAUUUCAGAAAACUCAACCAUCCUUUUGAAUUCUUACCCGUUAAAGAGAAUUUCGAUUAUAAAGGGGAAAAAUUCAACUAUUUCAUAGUCUUAACAAUUCAAUCAUAG